GCAGAAGUUCGUCGUCACGUGGAGAACGAGCUCCCGGAGGCGAUUGUGUAUUUGGGAAAUUCCUACCGCGACGGACGGCUCGGCCUCGUGAAAUCCAUGAAAAAGGCCGCGAAACUUUACAAGCGUGCGGUGGAGCUCGGAAAUUUGCCGGCGAUGGUGAGCCUUGGGAUGGUGUAUGAGGUCGGAUAUGGUGAGGGACAAAUGGAGGAAGCGUUCCGCCUUUACAAGAUGGCCGCUGAGCAUGGACUCACGCCGGCCGAAUUCAAUCACUUGGGUAAUCUGUACCGCACCGGUCAGCUCGGCCUCGUGAAAUCCGCGAAGAAGGCCGCGAAAAUUUACAAGCGUGCGCUGGAGCUCGGCAAUGUGAACGCGAUGUUGUCUCUUGGGGAGUUGUAUGAACACGGAGAGGGAGAGAUCAAAAUGGACAAGAAGAAGGCGAGGCAACUGUUUCAAAUGGCAGCGGACCGCGGCCUCGCGAAAGCUCAGUGCAAUCUUGCAUCCUGUUUUCAUCGAGACGGACAACUGGAGGAAGCGUUCCGCCAUUUCAAGAUGGCUGCUGAGCAAGGACUCACGACUUCCCAAUACAAUGUUGGCGUUUGCUACGAGAAGGGUGUCGGCGUGGAACGCGACGUCGACGAGGCCAAGCGCUGGUACGCGCGCGCGGCCGCCAAGGGC